AUGACAAACAACGAGACCUACCACAAUUCCAGCGCUUAUGAUCAGACUGCAUACACAAAACACCUUCCAGAUGAAGACUACGCGCCAACGUGGGCUUGCGAGGGUCUUCGAUCGAGUUUUUAUGGCGAUGAGAUCAUGACAACACCAUCCGAAUUUUCCAGUUACCAGGGUAAUUGGAAAAACGUGAUGGCGCACAACCAGGAAGCUGUGUACAGCCCAAAAUCGGUUGGCUCGAACAAUACCCCAAGGGGAAAUCUUGGGGCACCUUCCGCGGACGACGAGGAAGGCGAAUCGGUUAGUGGUGAAUCAAGCUCUGAUGGUCUUGGCGGAAGACGUCACAUGCAUGAGUACUCGCAUGAUGACUUCUCCCAAGAUGGCUAUUCACUUUGUAAAACGGCUUAUUCAAAUUCGAUGAGUGGAGCUCAACGUGGAACACAGUGUGCAGUAGAACAGGAACCGCAUUCAAAGGGCUCCUAUGGAACAACAAUCAAGCAAAAUGAGGCGCCUUUAUUGAAGAGUGACAUGGAAAGCCUGGUCCGGUUCCCUCCACCCACUGGAGGUUUCAACACCAGCACAACUCGAUCCCCAGGCUCCUCUAACGCACCCCCUGCAGGUGGCAACCCGGUUAAAAGGGAGGAGCGCGUAAAGCGGCCAAUGAACGCCUUCAUGGUCUGGUCUCGGGGACAGCGGAGGCGGAUGGCACAAGAAAAUCCAAAAAUGCACAACUCCGAGAUCAGUAAGCGACUUGGAACAAUGUGGAAGGCUUUGAACGAGACCGAGAAGAAGCCCUUCAUCGAUGAGGCCAAACGCCUGCGAGCCAGCCACAUGAGUCAGUACCCAGACUACAAGUACCGGCCACGAAGGAGACACCGGCCGCUGGAGAAGCAAAAGAAAGCCGUUGCUGCGAUGGCUGCCGUGGCGACAGCAAGCAGCCUGUUUUCAGCCCCUUCUGUUGGCCAAUCAAGUUCUUCGACGGAGGGCUUUUUUGGACUCAGGCAUUCAGCACAAGUGGCCCCAGGGUAUAGAUCUUUCAACACGAACGCUCAAUAUGCCUACACUGCAUUUAGUCAGCAGUACCAACAACAGCAUCAACCACUACAGCAAAAUUCAUAUAAUGAGGGUUUCUCACAGUACAGCCGGAACCGACAAAUAUACGGCGAUUUUCAGCAUUUAAGUCAUCCUGCAUACUCUGGCUCGUGUACGCCAGUUAGUAAGAACUCUGAGGUUAUUCACCAACGGCCGGAAUUUUCGAAGUCACCAUUCUACACGAUUAGCGGAAACAGUUAUUCCUCCGAACCCGAUAAUACUGACCAGAGUGUCAAAACUGUCGUGACCAACUCCGAAAUCGAUUCGAAGACGGCUGUCAUGGCAGCUGUGGCUGCAGCAAACUACGCGGCAUCGAGACUGGCCUAUUAUGGGUCUACUGAUUCAGCCUCCAACAACUGGGACAGCUGGUGGAGCGAAAAAACUGUGUCCGCAGAUGGGAGCACUUUGGAUCCAGGUUCUAACCAAUGGGUUCGCGCUUUGGAGGAAGCACGAAAAUUUGAACAAGAGACUGAUGGCCACUGUCGCCGACCUAGUGAUUCGAAGGACUCCUCAUCUCUCACAUAUUUGUCGGCGUACUUUAACGGCUUCGGAAGCAUGAUUGGUUUGAGGGAGAAUGGUCACACACCGUAUAACCGAAGUGGUCUCUUGCUAGAGAAAGAAACAGAGGGUCUGUCAACUUUCUCAGCUUCAUCUUCCACUUCUUCUGCCAACGAAAAACAUCACUCAGAGGCACAACAAACCAAUCGAACAUCUUUGCCUUCUAACGAUGAGAGGUUCUGCCAUCAGACAAAUCCGAUCUACGCGGCAUUCACUGCUAUGGCGGACUAUCACAGGUGA